CACCCGCCUGCUGACAGGACGGGACCGGGCGUCUCCAGGGAACAUGGUAGUUCAGGGCAAAAGGACUUUGCUGCAGAAAAUUGUGCGCUGUAGCCGCCGCGUCUAUCGAGGAUCGACCGGCGGGCUCGGGUGUGUCACACAGGCAGGCAAAGCGCUUCCUCCGGGGCGUUUUCCGAGCUCCUGGGUAGGGGGGAUUCCUCAAACUCGCCCCCUUCACGUAGCCAGCACUUUCGUCUCCCAGGCAGCCGCGCCAGCCGCAGGUGACUAUGGCAGAGUUUUCAAGAAGUCGGUGGAGGAGCCGGAUCAACUUUGGGCCGAAGCCGCUCAAAGCAUCACGUGGCACAAGCCGUGGACUAAAACCAUGGAAAGGAAAGAUCCCUUUAGCACUUCUUGGUUUGUUGGAGGAGAGCUGAAUAUUUGCUAUAAUGCUCUGGAUCGCCAUGUUGAGAAUGGACACGGGGAUCAAAUUGCUAUUAUCUAUGACAGUCCUGUAACAAAUACGAAAGAGUUUAUAACUUACACUGAAGUUCUUGAACAGGUUUCCAAGUUGGCUGGUGUUAUGCUGAGUCAUGGUGUGAAGAAAGGAGAUUGUGUUGUCAUCUACAUGCCAAUGAUACCACAGACAAUGUACACUAUGUUGGCUUGUGCAAGAAUAGGAGCUAUACAUAGUCUUAUUUUUGGUGGAUUUGCUUCGAAAGAGCUUUCUAGUCGCAUUGAUCAUGCCAAGCCAAAACUGGUUGUAACAUCCACAUUUGGAAUAGAACCUGGAAGAAAAGUGGAAUAUGUGCCACUUCUAGAGAAAGCAUUGGAGAUGAUCAGUCAUCAACCAGAAAGAGUUCUGAUUUAUAGCCGCCCUAAUAUGGGAGCUGUUCCUCUUAAGCCAGGACGUGAUUUGGACUGGAAUGAAGAAGUAGCCAAAGCAAAGCCAUGUGAGGCUAUUCCAGUAGAUUCAGAACAUCCACUUUAUAUUCUUUAUACAUCAGGAACUACUGGUACACCCAAGGGUGUUGUCAGACCAACAGGUGGCUAUGCAGUUAUGCUAAACUGGACUAUGUCAGCUGUAUAUGGACUUAAAUCUAAAGAGGUCUGGUGGGCUGCAUCUGAUUUAGGCUGGGUGGUUGGUCAUUCUUACAUUUGCUAUGGACCUCUUCUGCAUGGGAAUACAACAAUUUUAUAUGAGGGAAAACCUGUAGGAACUCCAGAUGCAGGUGCUUUUUUCCGUGUGCUGUCAGAAUAUGGAGUAGUGGCUCUUUUUACUGCACCAACUGCAAUUAGAGCAAUCCGUCAACAGGACCCUGAGGCUGUCCUGGGGAAACGGUACAAUUUGACAAGGUUUCGAACAUUAUUUGUAGCUGGUGAACGCUGUGAUGUGGAUACAUUAGAAUGGUGCAAAAAAAUUUUCAAGGUACCAGUUUUGGAUCAUUGGUGGCAAACUGAAACAGGCUCUCCAAUAACAGCAUCUUGCAUUGGCUUAGGAAACUCUCUAACUCCUCCUCCAGGACAGACAGGAAAGUUGGUACCAGGAUACAAUGUUGUGAUUCUGGAUGACAACAAGCAACCUGUAAAAGUGAAGACUCUAGGAAACAUAGUGGUGAAGUUGCCUUUGCCACCAGGAGUCUUUUUAGGUCUUUGGAAAAAUGAAGAGCUUUAUAAAGAAUUAUAUUUCCAAAAAUUUCCGGGAUAUUAUGAUACUAUGGAUGCAGGUUAUAUGGAUGAAGAAGGCUAUCUAUAUGUCAUGUCUCGUGUGGAUGAUGUGAUAAAUGUUGCAGGCCAUAGAAUUUCAGCAGGUGCAAUUGAAGAGGCUGUUCUCUCCCAUAUGGCUGUGGCAGAUUGUGCAGUUGUUGGCCAAGAAGAUCGACUAAAGGGCCAUGUUCCCUUAGCAUUGUGUGUCCUGAGAAAUGGGAUUGAUACUGAAGAGGAACAACUUUUAGAAGAAAUUGUUGCACGAGUUAGAGAAGAUAUCGGUCCUGUAGCAGCAUUUCGGAAAGUAGUAUUUGUGAAACAAAUACCAAAAACCCGUUCUGGCAAGAUACCACGAUCAGCUCUUGCUUCUCUUGUGAAUGGGAAACCAUACAAGAUAACCCCAACUAUUGAGGAUCCUGCUGCAUUUAAACAUGUAGAAGAAGUGUUAAAAGAAUUAAAAUAAGAUUUAACAGCCA